CCCCUUGAGUUUUGUUUUCUACUACAUGUUGAAUGGCAACUUAGAUACUUAAACCUAUGGAACGCAAAUUCAUUCUGUAACUAGAACGUUAUAGCUAUGUACUUUGUUGUGCACCUAGCUAGAUAAUGUUAGCUAGUAAGCCUGUUUCACACCGAAUGCAAACCUGUCAGCAAAUAGCUAGUUAAUGUAGCUAGCUUCCUUGCUAAGUAACUAGCUAUGACAUGCGCAGUGGUGAACAAAGACAUUGCAAUUUCAAGUUAGGUCACCCGCUAACCAGUUUUGUUUCUAUUAAUUUGACUUCAUCUGAAGCAAGAUGUCAUCUCGUCGACCUUUGGUUCUGUAACUAGUUAGCGACCUACAGUUAGCUAACGUUAGCUUGGCUACCUAGCUGACGUUAGUUAGGCUACGACCAGAUGAGCUCUCAGGGGCCCAGCCCACCAGUAAAGCUGUAUCAGCACCGGGUCGACGGGACAGACGGAAGCGGCGCGUCGUUGUAUGGGGAGGUCCGCAGUGACAUCACGAUGAGCUACAAACCCAUCGCCCCUGCCCCGUCCGGCUCCAACCACACCCCGCCAGGCUCCAGUGUGCCCUCCCCCUCACUCCCCUCCUCCUCCAACUUCAGACCGGCGUUCAGUGAUUUCGGCCCGCCGUCGAUGGGCUUCGUUCAGCCAGUGAAAGUGUGUCAAGGCUCAACCUACAGUGAGCUGCUGUCAGUCAUCGAGGAGAUGAGUCGCGAGAUCCGCCCCACCUACGCCGGGAGCAAGAGCGCCAUGGAGAGGCUAAAGAGAGGUAUCAUUCACGCGAGGGCGCUGGUCAGGGAGUGUCUGGCAGAGACAGAGAGGAGCGCUCGCACAUAACCCUUGGCAGAAUUCCCCCCGUCCCUCGUCUCUGUACAGGCCUCAUCUAUGUGUCACGUCUUCGUUAUCCUGACUGAACUUGUAACCUUCCCUUGUUCCAUUCCCUCUUCCAUGUAGUCUCUCACAUCGCCUAUGGGGUGUGUUCAGAAUGUGUAACACAUUUUGCAGUUGUAGGACAGUUUGCUCUCAGAACAUCCUGUAACUUAUAUCGGUUUCAUAGGCACCACGAGGGCCUGGUAAAUAUUGUCUGAUCCUGGUUGUCCAGUUCAGUGGGGGUGAUGUAAAAUAUUUCUGAUAGACAUUUCAUUAUGGCGUAGUUUUCAAUAAUCUAUCUGAUGAGUUUGAUACUCUGAAUCUUUCUCUUAGCUGCUAUACUGACACCACUCAACAACCAAAGGUUCAAUUACACAUUGUUUUACAGUAAGCAACACUUAAGCCUUGUUCACACUGCAGGCCUUAAUGCUCAAAUCAGUUUAGUUUUUUCAAAUCCGUUUUGCAAUACUGGCUGUCCAAACAGCAAGUCAAGUGACCAAAUCAGAUGUGUGUGUUCAGACAGUCAGUUGCUGACAUGGCUAUGCUAGUUGUCAUAGUAAUGAGGGGAGGGGAGGGGGGGGGGUGCGCAUUGGUGUUGGUGCUUGUGCUUCCUAUCACUCAGAAGUUAUGUAGCAAGUGACGGUGACAAUGCCUGCAAUUUACAUUUCCCAGUUGCUUUGAAUGUUCAAAAUCAUAGUGUAAGAACACUUUAAAAGCCUCAGGAUAAGAUACUCCAACUUUCAAAACAAGUGUUUGGCUAGACACAGCAGUCAACUAACUAGGUAGCUGUUUAUCUUUCUAGCACAUUCACUCAUUUAUUUGUAAAUGAUUAAUAAGCUAGUUAGUUGGCACAUUCUUGUCAAACUGUCAAGUGUAGCUAGCAAGCAACAAGGUAAGGUACAUCAGGUAAAGGUAAAUCAAUCAGAUUUGACCAUUCAGACAAGUCACAUGGCCAGGAAUCAGUUUUGUAUCUGACUUCAAACCACCUACGAAGGUGGCUUAAAAUAUCCUAUUCCAUGUGCUAUUUGACUGUUCAGACUGCAGGAAAAAUACGUUUUGAAUCGGAUAUGCAAAAAAAAAAAUAUGGAUUUGAUGUGAACAAGGCUUUACAGCAUCUUGAAAAUACACAAACUUUGUCACAUGCACUGAAUACAACAAGUGUAGACCUUACAGUGAAAUGCUUACAUUUUCUGCUGUCAUAGCACCCUCUAGUUGCUGCAUACGAUCAAGCUUUCCUUGCCCUUCAUCCUCCUCCCAAUUAACUAUUACCUCACUACACACCUGAAAUCAGUUUUGUUAGUAUGGCAAUUUUGUAAACCCAAUUUUUGCAGUUCUGUACUUCAAAAAUUGAAUAAAAUGAAAAGUUUUCCAAUUAAAAA